ACUGUUUACGUCAGGAGCUGUGGGGGGAGUUUUCCACUGACGAACACGCAACUAAACAGCAGCUGAUCGCAACGAAAGCUUCAUGAGUAGCCUAUCGAGGAUCAAGAAGGAGGACGCGCGUGAUAUCGUGAUAACUUUUCAAGCAUCAUAUGGUUGUCUCGUCCGCUCAUGACAUACGGAUCACCAUGGCUGAAUUGCAGAGUGGGAGUUUAAAGAGAAAAUACGAAGAGGAUGCUGUUUACUCCUCCUCCUCACCUUCAUCACACUCCGAGUGGGAUUCUGAUGAAGAAAGCCCCCAAAGUGAUACCGUGGACUUUGAGCCCAUUGUCCCUUUCUCUUCAAGCCAUCACUUGCCAAUUUUACCCAUCCUGAAGAAGACAACAGAUGCUCAGUUUAACGGCAGUGUUCAGUUUGGCCUGGUUACAGUGUUUCUCUUCCAGCGGUGUCAAGGGUUUAGCAGUGUGCCCAGUCAUGGUGGCUGCACGCUGAGCAUGGUCAGACGGCACACUGCCUGCCAGCAGUUCACCCUGGCAGAACAUGCGGUGGAGCAGCAGCGCUUGCGAAUGGAGAGAAUCCGCGAGCAGCAUCAAGAGAAGCAGCUGGAAGCCAUAAGACAGAAACUGAUCAGCAGUGGCACUCUCACUGUGGCAGAAGCAGCCAGCUUGACAGUAAGCGAUGUCACGGAUGAGGAUGUUGAUCUCACCAUCACAAAGCCAAAAGACGGUGGACCGCUUCGUCCCUACUCCUCCAAACGCAGACGUGCACUGUUGAGAUCUGCCGGUAUGGUACGAAUCGACCGGGAAGAAAAGAGGCAGCUGCAGGAACUACGGCAAUGGCGGAAAGAUUGCGGCUGUCACUGCAAGGGCUUCUGUGAGCCGGAGACAUGCGCCUGCAGCCAGGCUGGCAUCAAGUGCCAAAUGGACCGUGGCAACUUUCCCUGCGGCUGUUCAAAGGAAGGCUGUGGGAAUCCCAUGGGUCGAGUUGAGUUCAACUCCAGUCAUGUGAGGAGCCACUACAUCCACACCCACAUGAAACUAGAGCUGGAAAAAAGACUGCUGGAUGAGAAGAGGAUAAUCGUCACUGAGCCCCCAACAAGAGAGAGGAACACACCCCUUACAUUUCCUAUGGAAAACAACCCCUCUUCUUUCACUUCCUUGUCGCCGGGUCCAGUUUUCCAUCUGAGCUCUGAGGAGGAAAACAGCAGGGACAUGAUGGAUACCUCCUGCUCUUCUUCUGUGAGUCUGGACUCUGAGGCCACUGGACGCCCUUCAUCAGAGCGAGCCGCACUGGAUGUGGGCGACAAAGGGCUGGCUCACAUUCUCAGCUUUGAUGAUUCUGAUGAGGAUGGAUGCCCAUACAUCAAAGAGUAUGAGCGCAUAAAUAUGCACCAGCCAUUGAACCACGAUCUGUCCACAGAAGCUGCUGACAGUCUGGUGGGCCUGUCCACAAAAGAUAAUAUGGAAAGCAACACCAGUACAUCUCAAUCAGAGUAUGUGGAUGAAAAUGCUAAUCAGGCCAUUUUGGAAUGUGUGAAUGAUCCCUUUGAUAUUCCUAAUACACCUUCCCCAUCUUCUGAUCAUAACUGUUACAUGGACCUCAGUCUGUCCUCGGACUCUGACCUGGUCUUUUUCGACAGUUUUCAUGAGUGUUGUCCAAGUUUAAGUUACAAUCAUUUUAGAGUAAAUACACAUAUGGACUACAUCUCACAUCUUCAGUUUCCCGGCUGUCCCAGAUCUCCUCAAAUAGAGGACUCAGGUGUAAGUCUUCUGGAAUCUCUAGUAGGGAUUUCUUAAUGUCAGUCAGAGCUGUUCAAUAUUAAUUUGUACUGGUAUUUUGAAGACACCACAAAUGUUUCAUUUGCAGCCAGUUUAUAUGAAAUGAAUAUGAACAUAUAUUUUUUUCUGUGAAAAGGGAUAUAUUUUAUUACAAUAAUUUAAGGAUAUUCCUUAGAUACGUAUGUAUAAUUUAGGAUGUAAAUUCUUUUCAAAACCCUCAGUGUGAAGUAUCAUUUCAAGGAUACAUUUUGUUGGCCUUUUAGUGUUUGUUUAUGAGUUCAGGUCCAUAUUUAUAUAUUAAACUAAAUGCUUUCAAGAAUGACUUGUAAUAUAUAGGCUACAUUUGCUUUGGUAAUAUUUUAUUUUAUCAGUGGUAUGCCCUCCUUAUGUAUGUAUACUGCAUGUCUAUGAAUGUUUUGGCAUUUCAGAUAUUUUGACAUUUCAGUGUCAUUUUCCAUCUCAAUAAAAUGUGUUUUGCAAACCUAAUGAGAAAUGCUGAUAUACAUAAAUAA